CUCCUUCACAAGCUCCAUAUGUUCUUCAUUUUGGUUUGUCUUCCUUCUCUUCUCUGUGUGUGAUCAUAUCAUUGUAAAGAAAGCAUGUCUUCCGAUGGAGUUUCUACAUUUGAGGUGGACUUUGAGAUCAAAUGCUCAGCAGAGAAAUUUUUUGACAUUUACGCAGAUCAUGUAACCAUGUUGCCACAGGUUCUUCCUCACAUGUUUAAGAGCACCACUGUUGUUAAAGGAGAUGGCAAGAGUGUGGGUUCUGUAGUAGACUGGGAAUACUUUUUAGAGCCACCUAACUUUGAGAAUUCAAGGCAGACGAUUGAAGCCAUAGAUGAAGAAAACAUGGUACUCACCAAAAGAUUCUAUGGUGGAGAUCUGGGUAAGAAGUUUGAUCUUUAUAGGGCCACAUUGAAGGCUUUUAAGAAGGAAGACAAGAAUUAUGUGAAGUGGUCUUUGGACAUCAAGAAGACUCAUGGGGAAAUUCCUGAGCCACAUGACUACAUGGAUUUUGUUGAGAGGUUCACCAAAGAGUUUGACUCUAGCCUUGCCACUGCCAAUAUUUCUGCAUAGAUCGACAGAAAGCAGAAGUAACAUUGAUGGUGCAUGUGUGUGACACUAGCUAGGUUGCAUCUAAAUAAAAGAUAUCGAUCCAUUGGGAAGUUUAUCCAAAUGUUAUGUCUUAUCUGUGAAGGUGUGCCUGGAUCUGUUUUAAGAGUAUGGCUUUGUUUAGUGAUAUAUAACUAGGGUUCCUAAAAUUCUUUACUUCCAUGAACUUGAACAAGAUCAAUCACUGCUUAGCUGAGGUGAUAUUUAGAAUGUCACGGGGCACUCUAGUGUUUUACAAUAAUCUCGUUAUAUUUCAUACUGUCACGAGAUCUGGGGAAACCAUACCUAAAGAGCAUGGUACUUCUGAUGCCAUUGUUUAUAAUAUUUCCAUUUAAAAGGAGUUUUAUAUG